AUGGUGGAGAAAUUAUAUGAUGUAUUUACUCAUGUUGAUGUGCUGAAAAGUCGCGAACCGGAAUAUUUUAUUUGCGAAAAGCCAAUAAUAGUAGAUUUCGACAGUUUGAUUGGCAACAAAAAUUCGAAGAGUAGCAAGGAAAUUGAAAAGAUGGAGAAGUUAAACGUGAUGGAUACCGAUAAUGAGCGAAUAGUGGAAAUGCAACAAAAUGAAGAAUUGUUAACUUCAUCAACGGGAAUAUCAGUUACUCCCACGAAAACAUUCGUUUCAAUUUUGGAAGAGGGGUGUAAAAAAUAUUAUGAUGGAUCACCGCCUGUUUUUACAUCUAAUUUCGUGGAAAUGCGUAAUUUAUUUGCAACUCGAUGUGAAUUAUACGGCAUCUAUACGAUGGGUUAUGGAAGAACAAAGAAAAUCGCUAAACAAAUGGCUGCAAAAGAUAUGCUAAAGAAGAUGAUUGAAAAGGAAUCAUUCAGUGAUUUCGGGCUCGGUAAAACAAAAGAAGAGGCACUGGCUAAUUUGGAGAAUUUAACGAUAGAUUUUCAAAAUCGAGGAAGUACUGAUGAUUCUGUUGUAGAAAAUUGGGUGGGAAAAGUAAAUGAAAGAUGUCAAAAGUUGAAAUUAUUAAAUGCUACAUAUGAAAUUGAUGAAGAAGGGCCUACAAAUCAACGGAUUUUCAUUGCUACAUGCACAGUAGGGAAGAUUCAUGUUGUGGCGCAUGGAAAAACGAAGAAAAUUGCAAAGACACUAGCAGCCCAAAAAAUGUGCACUCAAUUAGAAAACUGGAAAGAUUUGGCAUAUGAUGUAGAAAAUGCGAUGUUUCCUCUUGCUGCCGCUGCUGCUGCAAGUCAAGAGACUACGAGUAGUAAUGAAUCUGCAGCAAAUAACUUGUCUCCGAGUGCAUCAAGAGAUGCAGUAAUGCCUCUACAAUCGUUGCAAAAAGUUCGUGCUGCAUUUCAAAAUGGCAAUGGUACACAGGAUUUUACAAAAAAAUUGACUGAAUUGAUUAAUUCGGAUGACGAAAAUAUCAACAGAAUUUUUCUGAAUCAGAAAUUGAAAUUUAUAUUUCUUGAACCAGAUUUGGAUGGUAACCUUCAGUGUAUGUUGUCAAUUAAUGGUCCUAAUGAUAUGAAGAAUGCUUUCUAUGGAUUUGGAGCGACGGAAGAGGAUGCAAAAGAUUAUGCUGCACGAAUUGCACUCAUACAUUUGGAAUUGUUUAUGCGAACCCCUGAGCCAACACGAAAUUCCACUAAUUCAUCAGAGACGCAAGUAGCGGUUAAUUCAUUAACACAAGCUAAAAAUCCUCCAGAAAAUGGAAGUCAAAAUUCAUCACCCGAAAAGCAGUAA